GGAGGACACCGAUAUAGGAAAAUAGUAUUAUUACUCGAUGGAAAUUGUAAAUUCCAAUAUCAUUCAAAACUCUCUUUGCUCUACUUUUCUUCUUCUUCUUGCUCCUUUCCUUCUUCCUCUUCUCUGUCCUCUACUUCAAAUUUCUCCUCUGAUAUUCCUCGUGGUAAAAUCUUUUCUUCAAUACCCAAUUCAAGAUGACUUUCGAAACCGAAUACAAGACGGAAGAUGUUGCUGCAACUUUGGUGGCACCGGAUGAGAUUGAUACUACUUUCCGCUCAUCAUGUAUUGAUCUGAUAUCUGGAACUCUUGGUGGAAAAGUACUUUCAUUCUCAGAUGAAUGGUUUGCGGAAGCAAACAAUCUUCUUACCCCUACCCCACCCAUCAGACAGCCAGGAAAGAUGGUGUUUACUGGUGCCUGGUAUGAUGGAUGGGAAACACGUCGACAUAAUACGGAACCUUUUGAUUAUGUCGUAAUUCGUCUCGGGGUUGCUUCCGGAACAGUUGAGGGAAUCGAAGUUGACACAGCUUUCUUCUCUGGAAACAAUGCACCUGCUAUAUCCGUCGAGGGUGUGUUUAGUGACAAUGACGAAGAAGUCAUUGGAUGGAAAGGUGGUCGAGGAAAAUGGGAGACAAUACUUGGUCUACAAGAGUGUGGCCCUUCUCAAAGAUUCGGAUGGAAACUUGCCGUUCCAACCACAAAAGCGUACACUCACGUGAGACUCAAUAUGUACCCAGAUGGUGGAAUUGCUCGAUUUAGACUCUUUGGUCAUGCUAUACCCGUUUUCCCAGAAGAUAAGAAUGCCAUCUUCGAUUUGGCUGCCGCUCAAAAUGGAGGAGUUGCUGUUUCUUGUAGUGAUCAGCACUUUGGAGUUAUUGCCAACCUUAUACUACCUGGUCGUGGAAAGGAUAUGGGAGAUGGUUGGGAAACCAAGAGGUCCAGAGGAAAAGAUCAUGUGGAUUGGGCUAUCAUUCGAUUAGGAGCACCAGGCACCAUUGAGAGCUUGAUUGUCGAUACAGCAUUCUUCAGGGGCAACUUUCCUCAAAAAGCAAAGGUUGAGGCUAUAAACUGGAAUGGUGAAGGGGAGCCAAACAACUCAGCUGAAGGAUGGACUGCGGUUGUUGAGCCGAGUAAGACCAGUGCUGACAAGGAGCAUGAGUUUGAAUCCUUGGUGAAGGAUCAAACCUUUACACAUGUCAAAUUAGUCAUGAUCCCUGAUGGAGGAGUAAAGAGAAUUAGGGUUCUAGGAAAGAGAAGUGUUUAGGUGAACGAGAUAGAGGCAUACUAGAAACAUUCGAAGUUCUUGCUGCCAAACAAUGUUUUACUCUCUUUGAUGGCUUUCACCUCUUCGCCAUUGACGGAAGCUCUGUCGCAAAGCAGUCCUAGGUAAUCUGUAAACAUUGCACACGAUAUCCUCUCUCCUAACAUAGCAAUAACCAUUUGAAAGUAUCCCAUCAUCUGUCUUGGAUAUGUUCGAAGCCAUAGAAAGACUCCACAUAGAAACAUUGAAUUUACACACUGCAUCUAUUAAAGCAAACAAAAUAAGGCUGA